AUGGAGCAUAUUGAGGUUGAGGACAUUGAGAUUGUUAGUGAUAUUAGUGAGGGUUCUAGCAAUACUAACGAAUUGAUUAAGGGUGUCCGCAAUGGGAGUCUACCUCCUUUUGUGACAAAACUUUAUGAUAUGGUGAGUAACGAAGCAAUGGACUCCACGAUUUCAUGGGUUGGUGAUACAGGUUUCGUUAUAUGGAAUGAACAAGACUUUAUCAUCAACCUCCUCCCCACGAUGUCAAAAAGUAAUAAUUUUGAUAGUUUUGUUACUCAACUCAACAAUUAUGGUUUCAAAAAGAUCUCUUGGGAUCGUCGUGAGUAUGCACAUGAAUCGUUUCAAAAAGGAAAACGACACUUACUAAACAAUAUUAAAAGGAGAAGCAAAGGAAAUAAAUCUGUGGUGGAUAAAAUGAUGUGUGAAAUACAAAAACUUGAGCGUGAAUCUAAGGAACUUGAUCUUGAACUAAGUAAGUUCAAAGAAUACGUUGAUAAUACAUUGUCCGACCAAAAAAGAAUCAUUCAAACGAUGGCAAACGCGAUCAAAUCAACAUUUGAUCAAUACCAUCAUGUGCGUGGUGCACAUAUGAGUAAGGAGACAAAUAAUAACAAAGGCAAAGGUACACAAAAUCUGAAAACGAACGAGUUAGGCCAAUCGAGCUGUAGUCAAAGUUUGGUGAUUGAAGCGGAAGAUGAGGACAUAUAA